CAAAUCCCGUCCCUGGAAUACGGUAUUCCUGACCAUGUUGGAAGAAGCUGGAAGUGGAAGAAGCCCUCGAUCACUUCAAGAGCAGGUUGACCAGGGGCAGCCUGAGGGGAGUAGCAUGUGAAAGCAUUGCCUUGCAGUGAGCUCAAAGCAACUAUCUUCCAGGUUUCCACAAGUUGAAGAAUGGAUCCACUCAGCACCAAAAAGGAGGGUCUGCGCCCGGGUCUGCGCUCUGUUCGAAAGCCGUUUGUUAAAGCUGCAGCAAGGCAACCAUUUGCGACAAGCAUGCUCAAGGGGAAUGGCAUGAGUAGGCGAGCAGGUCUACGUCUCAAAGUCGGCAUCCUCAUUGAAUGCCGAGAAAGACGAGGAAUGAGGCAAGGGCUCCUCUGAAGCGAUUGAAGCGCGUGGCAGAUGAUGUCGACACAGAUCCAGCUGGGGGUUCACUUGCAGAGAAGGAGAAUGCAGGUUCUAGUUGUGAGGAUCCGCCCUCAGAAAAGGACGCUAGCGCGCCAGACAUGGAUCCAAAAACUGCUCCAGGAUUGUCGACCUAUGAGCAGCGCAUGAUGAAGCAGCUCAAGCAUCUGCAUGCUCCAAUGAAUAAAGGGCACCGUACACUGCUUUCUCCAGUGAGAGUGACAGCACCAAGGACUGGAUCAGGCGAUCAGCAAGCCGCUGCAGAGCACGAUGGUGGGAGAGCGCCAAGCACUGGCAGAGCAAAUGGCUGCACUGCACAGACUGACCGGCCGCACAAUGCAGACCAGCUUCUGGCACUGCGACAGCCCAUGCGGCAAAACGAAGAAGUGAAUAUGCGCAUGGCGCAUCUGAAGAAUGCAGCGCACGACAAGCAAGAGCAGGUGCUGCUCAAGGCACAUGAAUAUCUCAUGGCUCAGUUCUUAACCCCAAAAGUCAUCAAUGCAAAACGUGGCUGCGUGGCGAUUGAACUUGCGUGA